UUUACAUCUGACUUCUUUUAGCCCUCACAGCCAAUGAGAUAUGGCUUCAGGUGUGUGUCCAGUACUCCGAACAAUAGAGGGUUCUCUUUCACCUGGUCGCAAAGCCUCAUAACGACACUUCUGAUGCUGUCAUCUGCAGGUAAAUAACGCUCUUUGCUCGUUUGUCUUCCACACAUAUGUUCACGUAUUGUAUCUGUGAUUUGGCAUGUUGUUUAUACCCAGGCUGUUCUGAUAAUCACAAGGAGCUUAAAUUUUCUUAAUGGGUCAUAAGAAUUGUUAUUUCAAGUUAAAGUUCAAGUUAAGUUUCAUGUUGUAUAUUAUUUAAUCAAUUUGUCUUUUAUAACCGCAGCUGCUCUGAGACGUACAUACGACUCUCAUCAAAUGUAACAAAUCAACUACAUAUAUGACUGUCAGCUUUAUCAGAAGUCAGAGCUGGAAUGCAAACUGACGCACAUUGUCCACAUGACAUGAAGCAUGAGCAUAUGUCUAGUGUCAAACAUUUGAUAUUUAGCCAUUUGCGCUAUGAGCACUAUGCUGUUUUACGGUGCUUGUGUCUCAGCUGUGUUUUGCAUGUGCCUCUUUUGUGUUUCUAUUUCUGCUGUUUCUGCUGUGAAGGUAAGUUAAGCACCGUAAACAUGUUUAUGGUGUAAACAUGGGGGCCGUGGUUUUAUCUGACAGAAAGAAUGAUGCAGCAGUUUUCUUGCUUAUCUGUUAUCUCCUCUGUUCUCAUUCUUCCGUUUAUCAUGUAGAUUUUCUUUUAAACUCAUCUGUGAAAAACAUUAAAUUCAAAUGGGUCAGGUGCGCUUUCUGUAAAUACAUAAUAAUGACUCGGCUGUAUUGGGGGAUGAGGUGAGGUAAGGGGGUAAUUAGGUGGCCCGUGUGCAAGGAUUGCUGCAGGGAAUUACUACUGUUUAUGAGCUUUGUGUAGCUGCUCGUUGAGUUUGUGAGAACACAACAGUUACACAGCAAAAUCAAGCAAGGUGUGCAGGAGUGUAACUUAUGGGGGGGGGGGGGGGCACACUUUUUGAGAAGGCAGUAUUGGGAUCUAAUGUCACAUAAACACACAGCACCCACUCAAGCUCCCAGUCCCCCAUCCAAAUCCCCCUUCCCUCUCCUCUCGUGCUCACUCAAAGCAAUUCUGCAGCCAGAAGCUCAGCAGAAACAUUACCAAUGUCCAAGUGGCUGCGGCUCAAGAGGCAGAGUGGGCUGUCCAGUACUCAGAAUAUCAGUAUUUCAGUCCCUGGCUCCUCCAGCCUACGUGUCAAAGUAAUCUUGGAGAAGAUACUGAACUCCAAACUGAGUGUGUGAGAAUGUUGGUGGCCCCUUGUAACCUUGGCCUUGUGAAUGUGUUAAUGUUGCAUGUAAUGUAGAAGCACUUUGAGGGAUGGGAAGCCCAGAGAGGUGCUUGCCACAUGCAAACCCCUAGCUAAUGUUACGUUAUGAAUAUUCCUAGUAAGAUCAUGUUGGAACAUCGAUACCGCUUUGUAAAUGUCUUCACUGUCUUGUCUUUUUAAUGUCAUUUUCAGGCUCCUGUUUUGGUGUUAAUGAUGUCUGGUAUCAAAAGAAAGAAGUGUACACUUUUAACAUGGAGGACAGUUCUCUGGGUUUUAUUGACCAACAUCAUGCUGCUGCUGUAUUGCCUGAUGAACACAACCCAAGUAAAGAUCAGGGGCUCAAAACAAGACACGUGUCCUCUCAGUAUGGCCAAAUUUUUAAAGAAAAAUGUGAGCACACCUUCUCAGAGCAGAGAAGCGUGCUCCCCCACAUUCAACGUCAUGUUCAUGAAGACCCAUAAAACUGCCAGCAGCACCAUACUCAACAUCCUCUUCAGAUUUGGAGAAAAGCACAAGCUUAAAUUCGCCUUCCCCGAUGGGCGCAACGACUUCUUCUACCCGUCGCCUUUCCUGUGCUCCCAGGUGAAGGACUACAGGCCUGGAGACUGUUUCAACAUUGUUUGUAACCACAUGCGCUUCGACCAUCAGGAAGUAGCCAAGCUCCUGCCUUCAGACGCUGUGUACAUCACCAUCCUACGUGACCCAGUGGCUCUCUUUGAGUCGUCCUUCCACUAUUAUCACAGAGCAGUUCCUCUCACGUGGAGGAUCAAUGGAGAGAACAAACUGGCGGAGUUUCUAAACAGUCCUCAGACCUUCUACAGCCCAGAGGCCUUUAACUCAUUCUACCUUAAAAAUCUGCUCUCUUUUGACUUUGGUUUUGAUAACAAUCUGGAGGCCGAUGAUUCUCGUGUAAUGAGGAAUAUUCAUAACUUAUCAAAACGUUUUGAUCUGGUUCUCGUAGCAGAAUAUUUCGAGGAGUCUCUUAUCCUGCUUAAGGACACACUGUGUUGGACCAUGGAGGACAUACUAUACUUUAAACUCAAUGCUCGCAGGAGCUCAUCUGUAUCGCGUCUUACCUCUGAGUUGAGAGCCAAAGCUUUACAGUGGAACGGAGCUGACUGGAGACUCUAUCAGCACUUUAAUGCUACCUUCUGGGCCAGAGUGGAGGCGUACGGGAGAGACAGAAUGGAACAGGAGGUAAACGAGCUGAGGAGACGAAACGCUGAGAUGAGGGCCAUUUGUAUCGAGGAUGGAGGUGCAGUUGAAGCCCAGAACAUUCAGGACAGACGCUUCCUGCCCUGGCAGCCAGUUGGAGAGUCUUCAAUUCUCGGAUAUAACGUGAAGAAAAAUAUUGAUUCGAGAUUCAGGACAAUCUGUGAAAAAAUGCUCACACCUGAAAUACAGUACUUGUCAGAGCUGGGCGUGAGCCUGUGGCUUACUAGACUGUGGGGUUGGUUUAAGGAUACUGUUUUUAGUUUGACUUGAAUUAUGACAUUUACAGUGAAAACGUUGUAAUUUAUCCUACAACAUGUGUGUUUUUCAGUUUUCUUCUGAACAAUGCAUCCAUAACGUUACUUCAGAUGUGUCACCUAGAAGCUUUAUUACCCUUCAGCACCUCAGACACCUCAUAACAUCUUGGCCAUAAUUGCUCUUCACAGUUUGUUGUAUCUUUCAUCAUUGUACACUCCAUAAAAAUAAUGUGUUUACACUCUUUUAAAACUGGCAUGAAGAGUAAACAGUAAGACUCCCCUAUGCACCUAAGUUGUAAAUGUCUGCAGCUGAUACUCGCCUCCAUGGUAAGGUUUACAUAGUUACUGCUCCAGCAAUGUUGCGCAAAGCUUAUUUGCUUGAUUUUCCACUGCAAGAACAAAUGUUUCCUCGCCCUGGUGCAAAUUUUCCAUUGAACCCAGAGGAAUGAAAUCAGGGCGUGCCAUCUAUCACUAAGCAAUCAGCUACUAUGUUGUUGAGAGUGGUUCUUGUAAUUCAGUGGGACGGGCAAUGCUAGUGUGCCCCCUAGAGGCCUGAGGCUCAGGUGCAGUUUUAUGCAAUGAAUUUGAAUAGCUGUGGCCUUGCCUGACCCUGUCAGUCCAGUUUACAUGUCUUCAUCAUCAGCAGUAAUGAUGGUUUGACAUGGCAAAACUUUUUAUGUGGGUACAUUUUAAUUUCAAUUUAGGCAUAAGCCAAUGAUAAGUGAUUUUUUGGUAAAAGGUGGCAGCUACUUUUUGCUAGUUUGGCCAGGCCAGUAUAAGCUAUACUUUUGACUGAUAGCCUUAGAUUUCCAACACCAUCUUAUACCUUGACCUGCAGGUUAAUCUGAAUAAGCUUCAUCAUUUCAUGCCAAAGGAAAAGUUGAGUUUAACAAUUUAAGUUUCUUUUCAUUGCAAUAUUUGUGGUGCAUAUAGACAUUUUUAUAACCCAUCUCUAAUGAAGAUUGUCUUCCCAUACAAAUAUAAAAUGUCAUCCUUGAGCUUAAGAUUCCGUAUUAUGUAUGUACUUGAAGCUAAUACAGCAGGCACAUCUAACUGCAGAGACCUUAUGUACAGUAUUGUGUGCACAAGGAAUCAUUGUUAAGGCUCAUACACUGAUUACUGGUAUCACUGAAAUCUGCCAGCCUGGCUGUCCUGUUUUUUUUUUUUUGUAAAUGAUUUUUGUUGUAAACUUGCUUGAAAAUAUGCUAUGUAAACAAAGGGUGUAUUUAUAACUAUUAUUUUUACUUAUCAUAUGAAGGCUUACUGUUUGGUUGUAAUAUAGUACAUGUGGAAACAAUGAGCACUUGUCUGUCCUCCUCACACCAUUCUGUGGCAUUUUUGUCUCAGAAUCCGGCCGUGGCCUUUGCUGCUUCUUAAAUGUUCCUUUUUUUUGCCAUCUAUAGCCUCUAAAUAAUGUCCCUUUUCAUUCAGGUGAUUUUUGUACAGAACAUGUACUUGUAUGUAUGCAGCCCAUUGUGAUAAAAUGCCAUGUAACUUGAUUUCUAAGCCUCCACCUUGUGUUACGUGUUCAUUUUCUUGGUGAAAAAUAUUGCAAGGUUGUUAAUGACAGUGACAAAUAAAGCAUGAUUUUGUGGUUUAAAGGCACAGCUACAGCAAUUUGGAAACACAUAAUGGUUAAAUAGUGAAUGCAAAGUGAUGCUUUCAUUGGAAUACAGUCUUUUGUCUGCCCACUUGGACAUUUGAAUUCCCUCUGAGCUCAGAUACCAUGCUGUCAUAACACUGCAAUUUUGAAAUGACAUAAUAAAAGGUACAUAAAAAUCUAAAAACAGCCACAGACAUAUGAAAAGUACUGCAAGUACCCAUCCACUGUAUAUUUUGAAAAAGCUUGCACACAUGCAGUUCAAUGGAAACAUCAGUUUUACUAAAGAUGGGCUGCAUUAUGCAUAGGGUGUAAAGAGUGUGUGUUCUGAUGAAAAUACCACUAAAAUUAAAGUAUUACCAAAAAUCAA